UUUACCCUUUACCAAAAACUAAUUCCUACGCUAAUUUCAUCUCUAAUCCUCAAUCUUUUAUGGUAUCGGAGCGGAUUACGAUCUGCAUAUUCUGAUUCUAAAUCAAAUUCCGCAUCUAUUAAUCCCAAUUUCUUGGGCUUUUGUUUCAUCGAAAAUUCAUACCCAUUUUUUGCGAUCUUUGUCUUCUUCCCGAUUUUCGAAAUUUGGCAAUUUAGCAACUCAUCAAUUCGAUUUGUUGUUCUAAUCUGCAGCGGAACUUCUUUUUAAUUUCAAUUUUUUUUUUUGAUUUCUCACAAAUCAAACACUAAUUCUCUCUCUAAAAAAAUAUGGUGUCUGAAAUUGAAACUACUGCUCCUACUUUAAGCAAAGCUCAAGAUCCGACUUCGGUGUAUUACUUGCAUCAUAAUGAUGCUUCUGGUGUGCAGCUCGUUAAUACUCCAUUUCCUGGAGAUAAUUUUGGUGAUUGGAAACGUUCUAUGGUCAUUGGACUUUCAGCAAGGAACAAAUUGAGUUUUGUUGAUGGUAGUCUGGCAAAACCGGCUUUGGAUUCUCCAGAUUUGAAGGUCUGGGAACGCAAUAAUGAUAUGAUAAUCAGUUGGUUCUUGAAAGCUUUGGAUCCUACAAUAGCUAAGAGUGUAUUGUAUCUCAAAAGUGCUCGUGAAAUUUGGCUAGAUCUCCAUGAAAGGUAUGGCACUACUUCUGGACCUCAAUUUUAUGCUGCAGAACAGAAGCUUGCUGAAAUGUCUCAGAAUGAAAAUGAAAGCAUAGCUGAAUUUUUUACAAGAAUUAAGGUUGUUUGGGAUCAGAUUGAUAGUCUUGAUUUGAUGCCUACUUGUACUUGUGCUGGUUGUAGUUGUAGUUUAACUCAGAAGCUUCUUAAAGUGCAACAAAGCCAAAGAUUGAUUCAUUUUUUGAUGAAAGUUGAUCCAAAAUAUGCUAAUGUCAAAAGUACAAUACUAAUGAUGCAACCUUUGCCAACUAUAUCUCAAGCCUAUAGACUCUUUAUACAAGAGGAAAGACACAGAGAACUUAGUGUGAUGACCACACAUCAUGAACAAGUUGCUUUUGAUGUUGAGCAACAAAGGUUUUCUGAUAGACAAAUACACAAAGGAUAUAGUCCUCGGCCUACUUUUCAGAAUGCUACAAGGCCUGUGUUUGUUCAACAGAAGAGCAAUGUCCCACAGAGAUUUUACAAUCAAGGUGGAUACAACAACAGUGGAAAUGAAUCUUCCGGGAACCACAAUAGUAGACUCUCAUUUGGAAACAAGAGAAACUCCCUUUUUUCUGUGACCAUUGCAAAAUACCUGGUCACAACAUGGAACGAUGCUUCAAAAUCCAUGGCUAUCCACCGGAUUUCAAGAGCAAUAAAGAGAGGAGGAUUGCAGCUGCAGCCUAUGGUGUAGAUGAACAAUCUAAUAACACCAAUGAACUGAUUCCGACUAACCUUACUACAGAACAAUAUGAUACUAUGGUGAAGAUUUUUGGCAAACAAGCUGCAGUUGAGAAAGAAAACGACAACACUCAAUCUGUUUUAUCUGGUCUAAUGGGGUUCACUACCUCCAGCAGUUACUUGGCAGGGCCUUUCAAUGAACAAGCCUCUUGUGCUUGGUGAAUUAAUAUCUGGUCUAUACAGCCUCUCGGAAGCUUUGAUCAAGCCAAGGUCUCCUUCUGUCCUUCCUGGUUCUUCUAUUCCUGCUUCAAUAAAUUCUGCUUGCUUUAAUGAUGUAGAAAAUGAAAAAUUGUGGCACUUGAGAUUAGGUCACAUGCCUUUUGACAAAAUAAAGAGUGUCAACGGCUCUCUUGAUGUGAAGAGUUGUGUAGCGGACAAUUUAUGUCAAAUUUGUCCCAUGGCUAAACAACCUAGAUUGUCUUUUCCAACUAGCUCGAUUAAAACAUCUAGGCCUUUUGAGUUGUUACACUUAGAUGUUUGGGGUCCCUAUUAGAAUUCUACACAAAACGGUUGUAAAUACUUUCUUACCAUUGUAGAUGAUUUUACCCGAACA